AUGAAGUUGGAUGAUAUCAUGAAAGAGUUUAUCAAACGCCUGGAAGGUUUGAAACUGUUAACAACGGAUGAUCAACUAUACAAGGCUGAUGAAAUAUGGGUCAGACUUCUUGUAUUGAUAAUGGAGUUGGACAAACAGAAUCACAGCUAUACAGAUGUAGCGCCUCGCUUACAGAGUAUUGGACUGGAAGAUAUCGCAGCUGAGCAUUUGGAGUAUAAUCGACCCAGUUUACAGAUCGAAGUAAUGGAGUUUACUACAGUGUUUUUGAGUAUGAUGUACAGUAAUAAUGAGUUCAAAGUAUCACAUCGACUAAACAACCAACUUGCACAACUCAUGCAAUCAUCAAACCGUCAAGUCAAAAUGAUGGCAAGUCAUGAUUGA